AUGCCAUCCUUAUUUAAAAGAAUAUCCUUUGAAGUUGCUGGUCAAGCAAAUGAAAGAACUUUGACUUUAUCUUCUGGUUCCAACAACGGACACUAUAUCUCCUUGCGUCCUCUUUUGAAUCCAUCCACACCGGAAGAAAAGGAGUUCCCUUGGGAAUGGGCUUUUGCUGGUACUAACGACACAGUGGAAGUAAACAAUAAGGAAAAUGGUUGUCAACAGAUCUUCGAUUUUGGGUUCGAUGCAAAUGUUUAUCUUCAAACACCUAAUACCCAUAGAGGUCCAGUUGAUACAUUUUGGGCAACUUGGGAAUCUGGUUUGUUAAAAGAAACUGGUACUGUUUACCCAUUUGGUAAGGAUAAAGAUGGUGUUGAUUUUGUUGAAUUGUGGCAACCUAUUGAUGCUCAAAGAGACGAGUUUGUCAUGCAAGAUAAAGCAGAAUCUAAGGGUAGAUCUGUUACUUUCAAAGUUGAUAACGACCAAUUUUAUGGUUUGGUAGUCGUGGUUGGUAGAUGGGCUCAAGGUGUCUUGGCACAAAAAGGUAAGUCCACUACUAAGGGUUUGAACUUUAUUCGAUCUGUAGAAACUGUUAGUGGUGAGAUCAAGAACUUAAUACAGUUUGGUUCUGAUGUCAGUAAAUUCCCAUCUUUUUUCGCUAGUGUCAAGAAGAGCGACAAAGUUGAAGUUAAUGGUUUAACUUGGGAUGUUAUUGAAGCUUAUUUCUAA